ACAGUAAAGAAAAGGAAAGCAUGUAGCGACCCACCUCCAUCUUGGAUACCUCCGGUCUACACCUACAAAGGCAGCCCUUUCCCAUAUCUCCGCCAGUCUCCGCCGCUAUGACCGAUUCCUCCGUUUCAUCUCGCAAGGUUCUAAGCAAAAUUGCUAGCAAUAGACUUCAGAAGGAGCUGACGGAGUGGCAGAUCAAUCCUCCCUCUGGAUUUACACACAAAGUCACCGAUAAUCUUCAACGGUGGGUGAUUGAAGUGAAUGGAGCUCAGGGAACUAUUUAUGCUAAUGAAAAAUACCAACUCCAAGUUGACUUUCCAGAGAAUUAUCCUAUGGAAGCACCUCAGGUGAUCUUUUUGCAUCCUGCUCCACUUCAUCCUCACAUUUAUAGCAACGGCCAUAUUUGUUUAGAUAUUUUAUACGACUCAUGGUCACCAGCCAUGACUGUUGGUUCCAUCUGCAUCAGCAUCCUGUCCAUGCUAUCAAGUUCAACAGCGAAGGAACGCCCAGAAGAUAAUGACCGCUACGUCAAGAACUGUAGAAAUGGCAGAUCUCCAAAGGAGACUAGAUGGUGGUUCCACGACGAUAAAGUCUAACAAAAAGAACACACCUCGUCUCAUCAUUUGCCGGUCCAGGAAAUUACUUCUUCAUGUUGGACUAUCGCAAGCAUGCAGGGAAGAACAAAUGGUGUGCAACCCCCAUCGUAUAUCUGUACAUGAAGAGCAAAUUUUCGUGUUCGUUUGCUCAAAAUGUAAGAAUCUGACUCCGAAUUUAUAUCUAAAUCUGCUCAUGUUUCUCAAGCAAUUUUUAUACAUUAUAACUCUUCCAUACAACAAAGUGGCCCUUGGCCUAAUGGUAUCUAUGGAUCUUUGCAAUUCAUAUGGUAUUAGUG